UACGAAAACGGAAUGGACAUUGAAUUCUCUUACUGCAAUAAAAAGCCCGGGCUCUGGGCAAGCUAACAAAGGGAGCAUUUACUGGAAUCGGGGAAUAGGCCUCGGCACGGACCUGAUAAUUUCAACGCUCCCCUCGGAGCCUAAUGGAAGUUGGGUACAACGACGUCCCUUGAACCCUAUCAACACAAGACGGAAAUAAUGGACUUGAUCUCAACUGCCAAUAUGACCCUAGAGAAUCGUCAUGGCAUCUGAUUCAGUCAUCAGGGAACUGACAUGAUCUUGGUACUCCGUAUACCGCCCCAAGAUCUCGGUCAAUCUCGGUUUUUGAUGGAUGGGGAGUUAGAUACUGGUGGUAAAGCCCGCACGGGUACCGAGUACCAGUACCUGUCUCAAGUAACCAGACAAGCACUACUCAUGAAUCCUUGUCAAUCCCGUAGCUCAUUAGGGCGAGAGUUGCACGUAUGAUGAAUCACGACCGAUAUGAUAGUUUG